AUAACAAUUUACAUUAGCAUCUAACUAAUCUUUCAAUGCGAGCUGUUAAUGAAUUCAGGUAACAAGCUGAAGCCUGGAUUCAAAGGUCACCUACAAUAUCUAAUACAAAGAGAAUAGCAGAAGCAUCAAUGUAAAACAAAGAGCAAGGCACUGAAUCCCCACAUGAAGUCAAUUUUUAGAAGAUCUGUCAAAACUCAUAUACAGAGGACAUAAAACCCUAGAUCAACAACUCAUAUAUGGGAUAUGAAACCUGUCACCAAAAUGAUGACUUGAAGCCAAGAAUUGAAGACUCAGAAUACCAACUUUCUAAGAGAAGUAGCUUGGAUCUCAAGUUUGAUACAAAGACUCUUAGUAGAAACAUGUUCCUACCAUCAAACUUCACUUUUCACAUAAGAUAAACUUAUCAACCUGAGGUACUUAUCGAGACAUUCUACAGAAGUAUUUGAUUGUUAAAUAAGUUAGCAUGCCAUAUAAAAUUGAGUCAAAACCUACUAGGAGAAAGAUAAACUGGAACAACAAGGUUCUCUUGCUUUUUCUAAAGCCCAUAAUCAACAUGUUAGGCUUCCAGAAUGAGGAUAAGAAUACAAAUCUAAGGAGCAAAGAGCCCAAACGAAUUGUCCUCCAUCUAUACAAGAGUCCAAGACGUGACAUUGAUAUGUUUCAUGGUAUUCCAUAAAUUGUGAUUACUGUAUUUUGAUGAAUCGUUCAAGAUUCAGUUCAGAAUCGCAGUCAUUUAUUUGAUCGAAUAGAGGAUUUAGAGUCACAAACCUAACAACAAAACAAACAAGAAAGUUCAUUUUAACCGAGAUAUCAGCAGCAGAAAUUUUUGCAGCUUUCGCGCUUGUGAAAAGAGGGUAAUUUGGCUUCCAUUCAGCUUAAUGGAAAGUGACACUUCUACUCCAACUUUUGACACUUCCAUUGGAAAAGAAAGCAAGCAAAAUGAUUUCAAUUUUGAGGAAUAAUUUGGUCCGCCACAGCAGCAGCUCUAAGCAACCCGAAUCGUACCCUUCCUCAACUCCCUGCUUCUCCUCCGUAAUCCUACCUCCAACUCCAGUCGACCAAGAAUGUCCAUCCACUGCUACCCCUUCCUUGUAGCCUCACCUGCAAUCCUGGCUCCCUGCCCCAACAGGUGCCUUAUCCCCAUCGCCUCUACUGCAGUUUUUCUCCUUCCUUCCCUCCCUACAGUCUCCCAUAUUUUGAGCCUCCAUUAUCUACAGUCUAGCGUAAUAACGGAUGAUUACUGCUUACUCUAAGAUUCCUUACUACUGUAGAAUUCUAUUUUGUAGUUACUGAUCUUUAGGAAUUUGUUGUAACUCUCUCCUCCUAUUUAGGAUCUUUUCUGAUAGGUAUUAUCUUUUUCAAGUUUAUCUUGUUGCUGCAUCUGCUGUACAUAUCUGUAUAAAUGGUCUGCCAUACAAUCAAAUAACAUCGCAGUAUUUUUCAUCUUCUACUUUCUUAUCUUUUAUGGUAUCAGAGCGACACUAAACUCCCACGACUCGAUCCUCUAUUUUUUUUCCGCUUACUAGCCCAACCACUCAAAUGGCCGCCAAUAUUUCUGUGGCCAAUGCUGAUAGAGUCAACAACGCCAUUACUAUUGUCCAAUUCAAUCCCCUUACGCAACUGCCCAUAAAAUUAACUGGCAGUCACAAUUUCUCCCCGUGGAAAGCUCAAGUUUCAAUGCUUAUGUGUGGUCACAAUCUCUAUGGGCAUCUCGAUGGCUCCAUCCCUGCCCCUACAUGCACCAUCUCUCAAAACAAUCAAGAUGUGGAUAACCCUACAUUUGUUCCCUGGUAUCGCCAAGAUCAGUUAAUUCAAAAUGCUAUCUUGGCCUCUGUUAAUCCUACACUUGCCCCUACUGUUGCUGUUGCAAUCUCCGCCAAAGCUGCCUGGGAUGCUUUGCAUACUGCAUAUGCGAACAAAUCUCAAACAAGAAUUUUCAGCUUGCGAGAUAGAUUGGCUCGCCUCACUAAAGACUCUCGUCCGGUCACCGAUUAUCUUCAUCAAGUUCGAUCGAUCUGUGAUGAACUUGCAACUGCUGGUGCCCCUGUAUCAAACACCGAACUCAUUGUUAAAAUACUCAGUAGACUCGGAUCUGAAUUUCGCGAACUCUCUGCUGACAUUCGUGCUCGGGAUUCUACAAUUUCCUAUGAAGAGCUUUAUGAAAAGCUUCUGGAUCAUGAGCUUUUCCUAAAGCACGAGGAAGACAAGAAGCCAUUGUCAACACCUAUUACCGCUUCUGUAGCACAAAAGACUACACCAACUCCUCCUCGUCAGGGUAAUAAUCCUAACUCCAGCAAUCGCCGUCCAGGUCCGAAUGCACCUGCCAACAAUCAGCAAUGGCAAGCACAACCAUGGCGCCCACGAAGAAACAACCAGCAGCAGAUCUUAUUGGUAUCGUUUUCUUCUGAUUCUUUUUCUUCUUUCCAAAACUUGUAUGAGAAGUACCCAAAUACAGCUCAUUUUGAUUGCAAUUGAAUGGGUUUAUUAGGUAAGGAGCCAAAAUUCCACUUCUGGAUAAAUCUACAAACCAAAUUGCAGGUUCGAUAAGGAGCCAAAAUUCCACUUCUGG